AUGAGUCGGACCGGUCUGAAUGCGCAAUCUGGAGCAGAUACUUGUCCCGAGUGCACGAUUCUAGAGCCCGUAACGGCGUGGCCGGACCUCGAUGCUGCAGCUGUUGGUCGCUCUGGACCUUGUGGAUACAACGCCCGCGUCUCUGUCGACUACAAUCAACCCGGCCCGAGAUGGGGUUCCCAACCCGUCAUCACGUACAAGGCUGGGGAUGUUGUGGACGUGCAGUGGUGCCUCGAUGCCAAUGGCGACCACGGCGGCAUGUUCAGUUACCGGAUAUGCCAAAAUCAAGCUAUCGUCGACAAGUUUUUAACACCAGGAUAUCUUCCUACCGAGGCGGAGAAGCAGGCUGCUGAGAAAUGCUUCGAGGCUGGUGAAUUAAAGUGCACAGAUGUCCCGGGACAGACGUGCGGAUACAACCCCGACUGCCAAGUGGGGCAGGCCUGCUACAGAAAUGACUGGUUUACUUGUGGUGGCUUCAAUGAUGGUUCGAGAUGCAGGGGCGUCGACAACGCACCGCUGAACUCGUGCUAUACAAGCAUCGCAGGUGGAUACACCGUUAGCUCCAAGAUCAAGAUUCCCAACUACACAAGCAAUCACACCCUGCUUUCGUUCAAGUGGAACUCUUUCCAGACGCCGCAGGUUUACUUGACAUGCGCCGAUAUCCAGAUCACUGGUACCGGAUCGGGAGGCUCAACUCCCCCCACAUCGAGCAAGGCCCCCACCUCAUCAUCAAAGCCGACAACGACAGCGACAACUAGCACAUCCACAGCGGUAGCUAGCGGUUGUGCAACCCCUUUCGCCACUGUAGCGGUGACCUUCAACUCCAAGGCCACAACGUCAUUCGGACAGACUGUGAAGAUUGCUGGAUCAAUCUCACAGCUUGGGAGUUGGAACACAGCGUCUGCGCCAGCACUCUUUGCCAGCCAAUACACAUCUUCCAAUCCGCUUUGGACAACAACCAUCAAGCUGCCGGCCGGGACCAGCCUCGAGUACAAGUUCAUCAAGGUUGAAAGCAGUGGCUCUGUAACAUAUGAGUCUGGCGCCAAUCGUGCAUAUACCGUACCGAAGGGAUGUGCAAGUGCGGUCUCUGUUGAUAGCACAUGGAAGUAG